AUGAUGCUUGGCGGCAUUAUCAUGAUCUUGGGAGUCAUCAUCCAGAUCACCGCUAUCAAGGGGUCCAAGGCAACUGUUCAGUUAAUCAUCGGAAGGACCAUAACCGGUAUCGGAAACGGUAUCAACACUUCCACCAUCCCAACCUAUCAGGCCGAGUGCAGUCGUACCACCAACCGUGGCCUUCUCAUUUGCAUUGAAGGAGGCAUCAUCGCAUUCGGGACCAUGAUUGCGUACUGGAUCGACUACGGCGCGUCCUAUGGACCCGACGACCUGACUUGGCGAUUCCCUAUCGCUUUCCAGACCAUUUUCGGUGUAAUUCUCAUUGUCGGCAUUUUCUUCCUCCCCGAAUCACCCAGAUGGUUGGUUAUGCGAGACCGACAUGAAGAUGCCAUUGAUGUCAUCGCUGCUCUCAGUGGCCUCGAGACUACGAACGCUCAGGUUACUCUCCAACAUUCCCUGAUUGUGGAUGGCAUCAAGGCUAGUGGACAUGCUGGAGGACAGGUCCCCUACUCUGCUCUGUUCACUGGUGGAAAGACUCAACAUUUCCGCCGAUUACUCUUGGGAUCAAGCUCCCAGCUAUUUCAACAAUUAGGGGGAUGCAAUGCCGUUAUAUAUUACUUCCCAAUUUUGUUUCAAUCUGCCAUUGGAGUCGACCACAACCUUGCCUUGUUGCUCGGAGGAGUCAACAUGAUUGUUUACUCAAUCUUCGCAACCGUUUCUUGGUUCAUCAUUGAACGUGCUGGUCGUCGUCAACUGUUCCUUUGGGGUACCAUCGGACAGUGCCUGAGUAUGGUAUUGGUCUUUGCUUGUUUAAUCCCAGAUGAUGGGAAGGGUCCUUCGGCUAAGGGAGCUGGUGUUGGUCUCUUCACAUACAUCGCAUUUUUCGGAGCUACUUGGCUACCACUCCCAUGGCUAUAUCCAGCAGAGAUCAACCCUCUUCGAACUCGUGGGAAAGCCAAUGCGGUUUCGACAAUCACCAAUUGGCUUUUCAACUUCUUGAUUGUCAUGGUUACACCCGUCAUGAUCUCGAACAUUAAAUGGGGAACUUAUCUCUUCUUCGCUAUUGUCAACGCUUGCUUCCUUCCAAUCAUUUACUUCUUCUACCCAGAGACGAAGAAGCGCUCUUUGGAGGAAAUCGAUCUCAUCUUCGCAAAGGGAUACCUUGAGAAUAUCUCCUACGUCAAGGCCAGUUACGAUAUGCCAUUCUUGUCUAACCAGGAGGUAGAAGCUAUGUCAAGACAAUAUGGCUUCAUUGACAGUGACGAAGAGACCAAGAUUGGAGGUGAUAGUAGCGACAAUGAGAAGGGUGAUGCUGCUUUGAGAAAUCGAAAUGUUGGCAGCACCGAAUCGGUGCCUGUUCAAGACACUGCAGUUGGAGGUCCUCGAAAUGACUAA